AAAUAAAAAAUUCCUGUGCAGAUUAGGAGCUUUCCUUCUGCAGAGUUUUACUCGGAGUCAUUGGAGGAUGGUCCUAAUAUUAUAGAGCAGACACAACGUUCUUGGCAUGACUAUCGAUGCUUUGGACCCUUCUGCUUUUUUGACAUACAUCAAGGGAAGGAAUCCAAGCCCGAAGGAAGUGGUAGAUCUGUUGUGAAUGUUGCUGAGGUUGAUUUUAUCAUGCUCUUGUAUCAUAAUUUAGUGGAUAAAUAUCCAGAGCUUAAAUCAAGUCAGCGGUUCACGAUUAUAUCCCCGUAUCGUGGACAAGUAACUCUCUUCAAAGAACGUUUCAGAAGUACUUUCGGAGUGGAGUCUGACAAAUUCGUGGAUAUUACUACUAUUGAUGGUUGCCAGGGACGUGAAAAGGAUGUUGCAAUAUUUUCAUGUGUCAGGACAAACGAGCAUGGAAAAAUUGGGUUUCUGUCUGAUUUUCGGCGAAUGAAUGUUGCGAUCACUAGAGCAAAAUCUUCUGUCUUGGUAGUGGGAUCUGCAUCAACAUUAAGGAAGCGCGAUGAGCAUUGGAAUAACCUUAUCGAAAGCGCUGAAAAGAGGGAUUGUUUGCUUAAGGUCUCACAGCCAUACACUUCAUUUUUCAGUGAUGAGAAUCUGGAAACCAUGGCUAUCAAGAAAGAAUUCUCAUUGGAGGAGGUUGAGAAUGAUGAGGUGGAUAACUAUGCAGGUUCAAACAAUUUUGGGGGUGCCGACCCGGCGGAGGGAGAGGAGAACGAUUAUGGAGACGGGGGUAUGGACAUGGAUGAUGGAGGCAACGGCGAUGACUGAGUAUCGAUAUGAUAAUGUUGCUUAGGUCAUAUGAAGUCGUGUGAGAUGAAAGUCUCAUGCACCGUUUUGAAUGAGAAAGAAGUGAGGAAUCCUCUUUUCAACUUGAUCCCCACUUCAGUUGUUGCUUUUCUUUCUAUUACUUCAAAAGUAGCUGCUUCAGCUUCAACCACCCGAAUUUUUUAUAUUCGUUUGGGUGGGAGACUUCUUGUGUAAGUUAAACUACCGUCAGCUAUUUAGAUGCGUCAAGCCCCACCCCCCACCCCCACCCCCACAUAUACCGAUUACCAUUACAAUGGAAAACAUAGUUUUGUCUUAACUUUUGUGCCGGUUAUCCUGACUAC